UUGAAAAAGUCGAUGUCGAAUUCAGUUCCUCCAAGUGUGACGUCAACUGCUCUAACUUUAAGUAAAGUAAGUGUAUCAAAGAAAUCAAUGAAACCUUCAAGAUUGGUGGAACUAUUUACCACCACGAUUGAAAAGUCGACGUCGAAUUUAAUUCGUCCAAGUGUGACGUCAACUGCUCUAACUUUAAGUAAAGUAAGUGUAUCACAGAAAUCGAUGAAACCUUCAAGAUUGAUGGACGUAUCUACCACCACCAUUGAAAAGUCGACGUCGAAUUUAAUUCGUCCAAGUGUGACGUCAUCUGCUCUAAAUUUAAGUAAAGUAAGCGUAUCUCAGAAAUCGAUUAAACCUUCAAGAUUGAUGGACCUAUUUACCACCACCAUUAAAAAGUCGAUAUCGAAUUCAGUUCCUCCAAGUGUGACGUCAACUGCUCUAACUUUAAGUAAAGUAAGUGUAUCACAGAAAUCGAUGAAACCUUCAAGAUUGAUGGACGUAUUUAACAUCACUAUUGAAAAGUCGAUGUCGAAUUUAAUUCGUCCAAGUGUGACGUCAACUGCUAUAAAUUUAAGUAAAGUAAGUGUAUCACAGAAAUCGAUUAAACCUUUAAGAUUGAUGGACGUAUUUACCACAACCAUUGAAAUGUCGAUGUCGAAUUCAGUUCCUCCAUGUGUGACGUCAACUGCUCUAACUUUAAGUAAAGUAAGUGUAUCACAGAAAUCGAUGAAACCUUCAAGACUGAUGGACUUAUUUACGACAACCAAUGAAAAGUCUAUGUCGAAUUUAAUUCGUCCAAGUGUGACGUCAACUGCUCUAACUUUAAGUAAAGUAAGUAUAUCACAGAAAUCGAUGAAACCUUCAAGAUUGAUGGACGUAUUUACCACCACCAUUGAAAUGUCGAUGUCGAAUUCAGUUCCUCCAAGUGUGACGUCAACUGCUAUGACUUUACGUAAAGUAAGUAUAUCACAGAAAUCAAUUAAACCUUCAAGAUUUAUGGACUUAUUUACCACAACCAUUGAAAAGUCGACGUCGAAUUUAAUUCGUCCAAGUGUGACGUCAACUGCUCUAAAUUUAAGUGAAGUAAGUGUAUCACAGAAAUCGAUUAAACCUUCAAGAUUGAUCGACGUAUUUUUCACCACUAUUAAAAAGUCGAUGUCGAAUUCAGUUCGUCCAAGUGUGACGUCAACUGUUUUAAAUUUAAGAAAAGUAAGUGUACCAAAGAGAUCUAUGAAACCUUCAAGAUUGAUGGAAUUUCAUACCACUACCUUUGAAAAGUCGAUGUCGAUUUCAAUUCGUCCAAGUGUGACGUCAACUGCUCUAAAUUUAAAUAAAGCAAUUGUAUCACAAAAAUCGAUGAAACCUUCAAGAUCGAUAAAAAUAUUUACCACUACCAUUAAAAAGUCGAUGUCGAAUUCAAUUCGUCCAAGUGUGACGUCAACUUCUUUAGAUUUAAGUAAAGUAAGUGCAUUACAGAAAAUGAUGAAACCUUCAAGAAUGAUGGACGUAUUUACCACUACCAUUAAAAAGUUGAUGUCAAAUAUAUAUAAUGCUGCGUGUAAAAUUAUUCAACAAUAAAGCUUAUUGAACAAUA